UCUCUCCCGCAGGUCGCCCUCAGCCCAAGGUGUCGUGGUGGCUAUCAGAGUCUAUCAUUGAUGACUCCUUCAGCAGUUCAGUGGGCGGAAGCGAAGGCGGGAGCGGGUCCGUGGUAUCUAACACUCUCAUUAUCAACCCGCUGACUCGCGCCCACGCCCACUCCGUACUCACCUGCAAGGCCGCCACCGCCCCCGUAGCAGUCACCACCACCAAAGUUACCAUAGAUAUGUACCAAGGACGUGACGGGCGUGGGCGGGAUGAGCAGGGUCCGCGUGGCUGUACAGAGGCGUGACAACGAGGCCCGGAUCACCUGCCGCGUCAGCAACCCACAGCUGCCUCUACACACCCUGCAGGACCAUGUGGUGAUCAACGUGACGUCGUCCCUCAGAGAGCAAGGGGGACUCGGCGUCAUCCAGCGACAACCACGUCAAAUCGGGCGCGGGUGACGGUGAAGGCGGUGGGGGGCGCGACACAGUGUCGGGGCGCGUUGGGGGACGCGAGGCGGUGCCGCUGCAACCCAUCAUCCGCCAGCCGUCGCGCCCCAUCAUCAAGAACAGCCGUUCCUCAGACAAUGGCAAGGCGUCGCAGGGGCGCACGGUGCUGUUCGUGGAGCCGCCUAAGCCCGCGGCGGGCAUCCUGGUCAACAAGAACGAGGUGCCGCGCACCAGCCACGAGACGCUCUACCCCUCGCGCCGCAGCCUCAAGGGACCCAACGGCGACGUGGGGCCGCACGGCUACGGCUCCCGCGGCUCCUACCCCGAGACGCUACACACCUUGCACGUCUCCAGCCGCGGCUUUGACGCUUACGGCGACCGCGACCGGGACCCGCACCUGUAACGGGACCGCGAGGUGCCUCUGGGCCGUUACCGCAGCGUGUCCGACGACCGCGGCCACGGCGGAGACCUACUGGCGCCGCAGUACCUCUCCACCUCCUCCACCUCACUAGGGCGCGAGGGCCCCUACGGCUCCCCGCGGGGCCUGUUCCGCAUGCCCGGCACCUCGCCGCCCUACUGCUCCAGGGACUUGGGCCGCGACCUGCCCAGGGACAGAGACCGAGACCGCGACCCGCGGGACCACCCCAGGGACCGCGACCUGCACCGCGAACUCUCCCGCGACCUGCCCCGGGAGCGUGACCUGCCGCGGGACUUGGCCCGGGAGCGUGAUCUGGGCAGGGAGCGUGACCUGCCCCCCCAAGCGAGACCUGCCGCCCCGGGAGACCUGCCGCCCCGGGAGGUGGACGAGGGGGAGCGACACCCCCCGCGCCGCUACAGCGCCUCCUCCAGGAUGCGGUUCGGGGACGAGAAGCACUUCCACGUGUACCACGAGAAGGAGAAGGGCAAGCCGCAGGAAGGCCUGGAGGACAUGGACGAGAGUUUUGUAUGAAAUGUUUUAUGAAAUAUAUAUUUUUAUUGGUGUAUCCCGUGCCUUUUGUCCCGCCCUGCACACACACACACACACACACACACACACACACACACACACACAGUCAAGGUGUUUUCCUAAGGGUACCAACACGUCAACUUAACAAAAGCGGCAACAACAACACAUUAAUUAAGAUGGAGAAGCAGCGGGUGAGAAAUGAGGAAGCGGACACACACACACACAC